GCUCUUUGAUGGGGUCCCGCAGCCGUUGGUAGUUCGCUGGACGUCAGUUACAAUUUGGAGUUGGGUCUUCAAUCGUUAGCAUAUUUGAAGUUAUCUUACCUUAGCUUAGCCUAGCCACCUCUAGCCGCACGACCUCUUGAACUUUCUGUCAGGUGUCUGGGAGCGUCCCGCCCACCCUGCCUGCCCACUCGCCAACCAGCCACACGAUGAGCGGUCGAAGCCACAGAGCCGGGGCCAAGCGAUGCUGUUGCUGCUCGCCGCAGGCCAAAGACGAUGGUCGCCGAUGUUCCCGUUCGGCUCCGGCCGACAAGCCGGACUGGCUCAAAGAGGAGGGCGAAGGCUCGGUGUCGGCAUGGGCGCAGGACAAGUGCGUGGAGCAGGUGAAAGGCCCCUGGACGCUGGAGGAAGACGAGCGGGUGAUGGAAUUGGUGCGCAAGUUCGGCAAGAAGCACUGGUCGCUGAUUGCCAAGCACAUGCGCAGCCGCAACGGGAAGCAGUGCCGUGAGCGCUGGCUCAAUCACCUUAACCCCAAGGUCAUAAAGAGCCGCUGGACGCCCGAGGAAGACCACAUCAUCUGCCAGGCACAAAGGCUGCUGGGCAACCGUUGGGCCAACAUUUCUAAGCUCCUGCCGGGCAGGCCAGACAAUGCCAUCAAAAACCGCUGGAACUCCACCUUGAAGAGGAAGGUGCAGAAGGAGGGCCUUCGCCCUGUCCUGCGGCGACACCCCGACUCGGCCGCGCACCGCACCAGCUCUUCGUCCUCCAGCUCGUCCGACGACGCCUCUUCCACCUCUACUUCCUCCUCCUCCUCAUCAUCUUCCUCCCAUGAACAGCCGCCGUUCAAGGCGGAGGCAGGCAGCAAGGAUCACCUGAUGAGCAGCGAGAUUCUCAACAUGCUUACUGAAUGGAGCCCCCCACGAGGAGGUGACAACAAAGACCGAGACGCGAUCUUGUCUCACUCGGAGGAUCACCUGAUGAGCGGCGAGAUUCUCAACAUGCUGACAGACUGGAGCCCCGCCCACAGCGUGGAGCACGGAGGCGCCAUCGCCACUUCAUCUCGCCCGGAGCUGUCAGAGGAUGCCAGGAUGACAGCGAUUUCCCACGAGAGUGACGGGCUCCUGCAGCCGGCGGGUGGCGCUCGCCAAGGAGACGUUGGCCAAGGCGAGCUCUUCUGCUUCCCGCUGCUGGGGCAGGAAGUGUGGUGGUGCUUGCAGCCCGCCGAAGUGGCCGACGUGGCCGAAACGAUCAGGAUCAAAAGCGAGCCCUUUGAGAGAGACGUCACGACGGACGGAGGCUGCGAAUAGUCAUGAAGCGUCAUCGCGAGGGUCACGCCUGCUUUUUGACAACUCUUUUGACUGUAAUUUUGCUCAAGUGAAUGAAUUUGGAAGUAAGCCAUGUGUGUAAGUAUCGUACAAUUGUUGCUUUUUUUUUUGUUUGUUUUUAAAAGGACUGGACGGGUUGUUCAUUGCAGCUUUUUAUUGAUUUCUUGAGCAGGAACAUCUCUUUAAUAGACUCCUUUUAACUUGGAACAACAAAAAUGGAAGCUUUUAAAUAAAGCUGAGUAUCUUUUUAUUUUGAUUGAUUGAUGGAGAAUCUCCACUUUUAUAUAUCUCAACAAGAACUGUACACAGAUUUCACUUCAUUGAACUAAAACUAAAUGACAUAUUUAAGGCUUAGUAAUUGUUUAGGUUCCCCCCUUGUCUUAUUUGGUGAUGAUUUAUGAUAUUUGACUGCAUUAAGUGACAUAUUUCAGGCUUAGUAAUUGUUUAAGUUUCCCGUUGUCUUAUUUGGUGAUGAUUUAUGACAUUUGACUUCACUGUCAUAUAUUAAUUGUUUAGGUUCCCACUUAUUUCAUGAUGAUUUGUGAUAUAUUUGACUUCAGUGAUUGACAUAUUUGAGGCUUAGUAAUUAUUUAGGUUCCCACUUGUCUUAUUUCUUGAUGAUUUAUGAUAUAGUUGACUUCAGUGAUUGAAAUGUUUAAGGCUUACUAAUUGUUUAGGUUCCCACUUGUCUUAUUUCUUGAUGAUUUAUGAUAUUGGACUUUAAAGUGCACUUCAAGAUUUGAUUUGAAAAAUUCAAAACUUCAUUUGUAUCAAAUGUUUCCUAAUAAAAAAAGUGCCCCAAAAAUAAUGUUGGAGUGGAUUUCCCGUCAUGAUCCGAGA